AUGACAUCUGACCGCUAUUUGGCCCUUUUUCUUGCUCUAAUAUUCCUGCCCUGCUUCUCGGCCUCAAAUACACUUUGGUCGAGCGAUGAGACUCCUGAUCAAAGACAUAAGUCCAACCGCACGCUAUCCCCAUUGGUUUUUGCAUCUCUGGAAGAACUUUCACGUGUCGUCGAUGUGUCGUACUGUGUUGGGAACACUGGGAUCUGGAAGCCCUUUGCGUGCUUGAAUCAUUGUGCUGAACUCCCGAGUUUUGAGCUGAUCACUACGUGGCACACGGGUCCAUUACUCUCCGAUUCAUGUGGCUACAUAGCGUUCAGCCACCCCCCGUCUCCCAAACGCAUCAUUGUAGCGUUUCGCGGCACCUAUUCGAUCACAAAUACAAUCGUCGACUUGUCGGCCUACCCACAGCCCUAUACUCCCUAUAAUGUGGACGACGGGCACAAAGGGGAGGAACCCCCGCAGUGUCCGAAUUGUACAGUCCAUGCAGGGUUCAUGACCUCGUGGCGAAACACUCGCGACACCGUUCUCCACCAUGUUUCUGUUGCAAGGGAGCGAUAUCCCGACUAUGAAUUGAUCCUGGUGGGACACUCACUUGGUGGAGCUGUAGCUGCGCUGGCCGGACUGGAGAUGCAGUUGCGCGGUUGGGCUCCGCAGGUGACCACUUUUGGGGAGCCGAAAAUCGGAAAUGGCAACUUUGUCCGCUUCCUGAAUGCAAUGUUUGGCCUCAAUGAUGCCGAAAGACUAUCUGACGAUCGACAGUGGAGGUUUCGCCGAGUGACCCACAUUCAUGAUCCUGUCCCUCUCCUGCCUUUGGAUAAAUGGGGGUAUGAAAUGCAUGCCGGGGAGAUGUUCAUCUCGAAGGUGCAUCUUGCACCGUCAAUCUUGGACGUGAACCUUUGUGAGGGAAACAACGAUAGUCGAUGUAUUUCAUCGACACUGGAUGCGCAGGAGUUAGCAAUACGCGAGAUUGGCUCUACUCUUACUGAAGGAAAAUGUAGUCCCAACUGGGCUUAUCUGGAAGAGCAGGCCAUUUUGAUGCACCGGGAUUCGUUUGAUUCAGCGCUGCUGGCCCAGGGCAUCAGUGAUCUGCAACAAUCAUGGCUUGGUUUGCCUUGGAAUCGCAUUCCAGCUUGGUACCGACUGUGGGAACUCUUCUUUACUCACCGGGACUAUUUCUGGCGAUUGGGUCUCUGUGUACCUGGUGGAGACCCGACUGGCAAGGGGUAA